UAGUUUCAUUAAUGACUUCCGCUUCGAUCUGCAGUCGGUCGCUGGCGCCAGAACCAUGAAUUUAGAGCUUCUUGAAUCAUUUGGACAGAAUUAUCCUGAGGACUUUGAUGGCACAUUGGACUGUGUGAGCAUUGCCAUCACAUGUGCCUUCAACAGACAAGGGACACUACUGUCUGUUGGGUGUAACGAUGGCAGGAUCGUCAUCUGGGACUUCUUGACAAGAGGAAUUGCUAAAAUUAUUAAUGCCCAUGUCCACCCUGUGUGUUCUCUAAGUUGGAGUCGGAAUGGACAUAAGUUGCUUAGUGCUGCCACAGAUAACACAGUAUCAGUGUGGGACGUGAUGGCUGGGGAGUGUGACAAGACCUUCCGAUUCCCAUCUCCUAUACUCAAAGUCCAGUUCCACCCCAGAAUCAGUAAGCGGUUCCUGGUUUGUCCGAUGAAACAUCCUGCUGUGAUGAUGUCUAUUGACGGUACACAUACCACCAUACAGAUGGACGAUGAUUCAGAUCUGAACAUCGUAGCAGCUUUUGAUAGACGAGGUAAACAUAUCUACACAGGCAACGCCAAAGGACGGGUGCUUGUUUUUCCAAUCAAAGACCUUACCAAGUUGGUGGCUUCAUUCCGUGUUACAACAGGGACGUUAAACACAACAGCUAUCAAAUCUAUUGAGUUUGCUCGACGAGGAGAAUGUUUCCUAGUCAACUCUGCUGACCGGAUCAUUCGUGUGUAUGAGAGCCGGGAGGUUAUGACCUGUGGGAAAGAUGGUGAACCAGAACCGAUACAGAAACUUCAAGAUCUCGUAAACAAAACCCUGUGGAAGAAAUGCUGUUUCUCGGGUGAUGGUGAAUACAUUGUAGCUGGAUCGGCCCGUCAGCACUCCUUGUACAUAUGGGAGAAGAGUAUCGGUAAUCUGGUGAAAAUUCUCCACGGCACUAAAGGCGAGCUGCUCCUCGACGUAGUGUGGCACCCUGUACGACCCAUCAUAGCCUCCAUAUCAAGUGGCCUGGUGUCGAUCUGGGCACAGAAUCAAGUGGAAAAUUGGAGUGCGUUUGCACCAGACUUCAAGGAACUUGACGAGAAUGUUGAGUAUGAGGAGAGAGAAUCAGAAUUUGAUAUUGAAGAUGAAGAUAAGGAAAAGGAAGAAGCUAAAGGGCCCGACGAGGAGGACAUUGAAGUAGACGUCACCACAAUAGAACCCAUACAGGCGUUUGUUAGCAGUGACGAGGAAGAUGAGGAUACAGAAGCUUUACUGUUCCUGCCCGUAUCACCAGAACUGGACGAGCCCGAAGCUCUCGGAGAGGGGGUCCUGGAUGAACCUCCACCUCUGGAGAAGAAGCGCCCCACUCCAACUUCAGAUCACACACCGUCACCAAAGAAAAAGAAAACUAAAUCUGUAGACGUUGAUCUACCUAAUGCUCCCUCAGAUGAAAUACAUCCCUUGCUGAAUGUCAAAAAGCCAAAUGAAAAGAACGCAGGAAAGAAAUCUCGUCCUAAGCAGAGACCCCCUAAAGAAAAGUCGAAACACAAGGAAAAGUUAAAGGACGAUUUUUACUGAGUGUGAAGAGCAAAAUUGUGCGAAGAGAAUCUGUAGAUACGCGGCAGCUGUCAUAACAUAUCUGACGUGGAUACAGCAGGCUGCUGUGACAUAUCUGACAGAUACAGCAGGCAGCUGUAACUAAUAUGACACUGAUACAGCAGGCUGCUGUUACAUAUCUGACAGAUACAGCAGGCCGCAGUAACAUAUCCGACGCAGGAUACAGCCGUCUGGUUCUGUAAACCUGUCAGAAGAGUUCUGGAGUAUAGAAUAUCAAACCAAUGUCAGACCUGUAAAUAAAGACAGUCAUACUAAACCAGUCGUCUCAAAGUGGAUGGAAAUAUUUUCGCGAUCCAUAUCAACUGACAUUUUAUGAUGCAUGUACUAUUUAAUAUGAAUCAUGCUUAAGUGUCACGUCUGUGUAAAUAUUUCUAACAACAUUCAUGUUUAUACCUGUACUGACGCUGAUGUAAAUAUCUGUACAUACAACUUAUGUAACAUACAAACCUAAUAAAUAUUGUACAGAAAA